UUCUAACAUCUAGCCAUCAUUUUGCCGUCAUGAGCACUGAGUGCACCCACUGAGGGGUAAUUGUAUAACUAGGUUCGUCGCACUGAAGUCUUACACACAGAACCUUACAUCUUCUUCUUCAUUCAACCUACAGUUUCAGAUAUGGCCUGGUCUUCAAGCCAGAUCGGCUUCUUAGCUAUCCUUUCGAUCCUGAGCAUUGUAUUCUAUCGUCGGUCACCGAACGCCCCCCCACCUACGGAAUCAGUUACUGCGCUGGUAAACGGCUUUUCAGUGGGAGGUGUCAUGAACUACCGGAUUCAGGGCGUACCUGCCGACUGGCACAAAGAAAGGUUGCAGUCUUUUUUGGCAGGUCAUGAUGAUUGUGUCGAUCCGGUUGUCAUAUCACUCUCUCUGGAGGCUCAUGGUCGCUCGAAAACCGGCAUAAUCACUUUCCGCAGUGGGAUUCAGCCGCCAAAGCUUCAUCCCAUGGACUCACACGAAGGGGAUAUUGAGAGAGAGGCCAUGAUGUCUACUAUCAGAGCCAACCUCGCAUCGACAUAUCAAGAUCAACAACGGUGGAAGGAGAUGGAGGACCUGGAGUUGCGGCAGAUGAAACUGAAUCAAAGUGACCUUGGAGAGGAGCACCCCGACACACUCACCAGUAUGGCCAAUCUGGCAUCGACCUACUGGGACCAAGGCCGGUGGAAGGAAGCUGAAGAGUUGGAGGUGCGAGUAAUGGAAAUGAGCUUGAUCGUGCUUGGAGAAGAGCAUCCCGACACGCUCAUCAGCAUGGCUAAUCUGGCAUCGACGUACCAGAGUCAAGACAGGUGGAUGGAAGUGGAGGAACUACAAUUGCGGGUGAUGGUGACGCGAAACAGGGUACUUGGAAUGGAGCAUCCCGACACCCUCACCAGCAUGGUCAAUCUGGCAGUAACUUACUGGGAACAAGGCCGAUGGAAGGAGGCCGAAAGGUUGAAUGUGCAGGUGUUGAAGACAAGUUCAACGGUGCUUGGUAGGGAACACCCUAACACGCUGGUCAGCAUGAAUAAUUUAGCCCAUCUCUGGAUGGACCAAGGCCGUUCUCAGGAUGCAAUUACUCUGCUACGGAGUUUCCUUGUUACUGCUAAGCGGAGACAAGGCGCCACUCACCCAAAUACCUUGUCUGCUUUGAGAACACUUGGCAGGUGGGAGCGGAACAACUCAAGGGCAGAGAAAGCAAUUGACAGCGGUGAAUCAAAUUAAUAGAGCAGAUUUCG